AUGGAAGGAGACAUGGUGGCUUUGAGGUGGGAAAUCCGUGAGAUGAGGGAGUGUCGGGAAAACUUGGGAAGGAGUGACUUGGCCAAACAAUUGGAGGAUUUGAGAACUGAGGUUGCCAGUCUGUGCAAGCGCAAUGAAGAAAUGGAGGAGGUUGCACAAUUAUGGCGGAGUGAAGCACUGCGCCCAGGCAAUAAGCGUGACAGUAUCAAUGUGGCAACGCCAACUUCGGAGGGACGAGUGUCUACCCAGUCCAAAGUCAUGAGUGCGUCUGAAGAAUCGAGAAGGUUACGUGCAGAGCUGCUUGAUCUUCAUGAAAGACGUAAGUGUGACUUAUCCGAGGUGGAUCUGUUGAAGAAGAAGCGGGCGGAGGCUGAGAUCAAACGUGUCGAAGCGGAAAUUGAACUGCAACGUCUAAAGGAUGAGACGAGUAAGCUUACCAAUGAGCUUGGUGGAAGUAACACACCUAAGACAAUGGGAACCAACCUGAAGGAACGUAUGGAGGAGGCGGCACGGAGUGGUUUUCACAGUAGUCGGAAGACAAAAAUGAAGGCGACACCUGGUCGGGCGCUCCCUGGAAGUGAACAAAAAGCGAACGACAAGUUCGCCUUCCUCCUGAACGAAAGGAAGCGUCUGAAGGGUCUCAAGAAAAUGGGUCUGGAGGCUAUCUGUCAGGAGGAAGGCGUAUAGUACAAAACGAUUGAGCAUACCGACGAGGAGUUGGCACAGAUGUACAUGGCUUGGGCAUUUGGGGAUGAAGAAGUCAAAGGGGACAAGCAACUGCGCAAGGACAAGGGAAUUGUCGAGGAGGACGAUGAGGCGGCGGUGGAAGAGGUCCCAUCUGACUCCGCUUGAUGGAACUCCUGAGACGUGACACUCUGGGAUUGGGUAAACAAUUGUCGAGUUCGCCGUUCAGCUUCUUUUUCUGCUCUACGUGAUGCUGGUCUCAACUCCUUCUUUCAGCUGGUGGUUUUGAUGAUGGUCUUUCGUAGGUUAAUACCAUGGGCCGAUAAUUUUCGAUC